AUGCACGGUAGACUCGCCAUUUCCGCUGCUCUGGUGGGCCUUUUGGCCCAGGUCUCGGCGACGACCUGCACAUCUGCAAACGCGACGCCAAUUGAGCAGUACAUCGGCUCAGGGAGCGGCGGCGGCGGCGGCGGCGGCAAUGGCGGCUUCGUAAUCUCACAGGACCCUUUCGCUUGGGUCAGCAACGCCGUCAAGAAGCGGACCACUCCCGACGCCCGGCUCGCCAACGUCGCCAACAUCCUCCUCCCACGCGCCACAGACUCGGUCGACUGCUCGGCCACCGAGGCGUGCCUCUCGAUCUCGAGCACGCCCUUUUGCCUCGACAUAAUCAGCGGCGAUUUCCACGACGGCGUGGGCACUACAGGCAACGCCCUGUCCGGCGACUACACCCUCGCCGACGGGCGAAAGGGCAAUCUGUACAAGGGGCCCUAUCCCCAGGUCACGGUCGGCGCUGCCAAUGCCGCGACGACGGUGGCGAGCAGCGCUAGCCAUGCCAGCGAGACGGCGGGCGGUACCAGCGGUGCCAGCGAGACGGCGUCGGCUGGGGGUGGGGCUGGUGCGACUAGGAGCGGGUCUGGCGUGUCCACACCAACCGCGACCGGGGUGGCACCGGCGGCAACGACGUCCAAGAGUGCUGCCGUCCAUGGAAAGGUUGCAGCUAUAGGGAUGGGAGGUGCCAUGUUGCUGGUCGGGGCUGUCUUGCUCUGA